AGUAGUUUUCUACAGGUUUUAUUAAUGAAAAAAUAUAACCCUCUUCUACUACCAUUAGCUCUUUAGUGUUAUCGUUAAGAAGUUUAUGACUUAAUUAUUAUUACUUGUUAUUAAAAGUUAUUGAAAAUCUCUGUUGAAAUUUAUAUAACUCUGAACAGCUAAGUAAUGCCAUAAUUCAAACUUGGUGCCACGAUAAACUUAUCACUAUACCAAAAAGUUGUUAAUUUCAAUACACAAAAAUCAAGUGAAUCUCCUUUUGAAGAGCGUAAUUUCUUCUGAGAUACAGGAAGAUAUAAUGGUAACUGUACUCCAUUGAGGACUCUUCUAAAGUUCACGCUUUUAAUGAAUAUACCCAUCAUUAAGGCUCCUAUUAUGGCUUCCAACCCAACUGCAUUUUGGUUGAAAUUUUGAAAUUCGGAAUAAUGGUUUUCAACUCAACCCCUCAAAAACGCUCUCGGUUGAAGUAUUGUCAUCUUUUUUUGGUAUUACGGUUUUCAACUCUGUGCCUGUGGCUAUAGUAUAAAAAAAAUGUCAAAUGCUAACAAGCGAUUGUAGUUAACCAGUUCGGAAUUUAUUUAGGAAAAACAGUAAUAAAAAAGGAAAAUGGUUACAAAACUAUUUUAUUAUAAUUUCAAACUACUUUAAUCAAUUAUUAUGUACAAAUUAAAAGAAAAAUUAAAAGUUGAGCUCAUGUAGUAAAACCCCGAAACUGGACGAAAAAAAACAAAUUUGGAAACAUUACUAAAAUAUAAUGAAGAGACCGUGGAUAGUGUUUCAAAUUUAAAGAAUCGAUAAAAUUCCUAGGGAAAUAUUUUUUGAGUCAAAUUUAGUUUUUGAAGCGUCGUCAGUCAUUGGUUUUAUGAACUGUGCACAAAUAUGCAGUGAAUAAUAUUUAAAAGUCGGGUUUGCAACAAUCAUAGAUUGUUGGUAUUACGGUUUUCAACUCUGAGAUAGAGGAAAACAAACGUAGCAUUAUUACGUAGUAUUACUUGUAGGUUUAUUUUGAAAAAAUAUUAAUAUGAAAUACAUAGAAACCACAAUGUUUCUUUCAACUCGUGAAAAAAAAACGAGGCAAGCCCAAAUUAAGAAAAACUAAAAGAAACUAAGAUACGAUCUACUGUACUAGGAACAAGUUUUUUGGUUAAAGUAAAAGCUUUGAAGCCUUAUGCUCCCCUUAAGUUGAUACAGUCACUUCGACUGAAAACAGUUGAAGUUCGUAAUUCAACUAUAGGGAGUUGAAGACUGUAAGAGGAGUAUUAGUUUUUGGUCCGAAACUUCCGACUAGAGAGACUCCAGCAGCUAAGAGAACAAUUCACUCCUGAAACUAUGCAACAGAUGAUAUGAAAACGGUCUAUAUUUUGGGUUAAAGAAAAUAAGAUUGACGCCUUCGCUCCAAGAAACUGAUUCUAUUUUUGUCAUUCAUAACACUCACUUGUCCAUAUUAGAUUUUUUUGAGCAAUGCCAAAAAUAUUCACGCAAAGAGAAAAACAACAAAAUCAUAUUGCGCUAAAUUUCACCAGAUCGCUUGUUGAUAGCAAUCUAGAAAUCUCCUAACUGUUACAUAUAUGCGUGCGAUAAGUGAGAUUAUAUAUCGGGCUCUAAGUUAUUACCCCACUUUAGAAGCAUGCUGCUCUCUGUAAACAUCCGGUGGCAAUAAGUGAGGUAUAUUUGAGCUGAAAUUACAACAAAAACUUUCGUUAUCAACCCAACUUGCCGCAAUCAAGGUAAUAAACUUUCUUAACUACUGAUUUAUGUAUCUCAUUGAACUAAAUGGAAAAAAAUAUUUCAUUAAGAAUAUAAUGGGAUUACUUAUGAUUUACUAGAUCUCUCGAAGCCAUGAUUGUGGAUAUGCCUACAUAUAAUUUAAUUAUUGGAAUGUUCUAUUAAGAAAAACUAUUUGAUCCAUUCUUCUAAUAUAAAAGCAACCACUUUUGUCCACUCAAGCCAUCAGUUUCCGCUUUGCAUUCAAACUGUUAAUACAAAUCAACUAGAAAAAUGACUGCCAAGGCUCUCAUCACACUGCUAGCUGCUCUCUGCUGUGCACAAGCAGAUUUCAGCGUACGGGUCAUCUCUCGCGCCGAAUGGGGUGGUCGUCAGCCCACCAAUCGCGUUUGGUUGAACAACUACUUGAGUUAUGCCGUUAUCCAUCACACCGCUGGUGCUUACUGCUCUACAAAAGCCUCCUGCGCUCAACAGAUGCGCAACAUACAGAGCUACCAUAUGGACUCUUUAGGUUGGCCCGACAUUGGUUACAACUUCUUGAUCGGUGGUGACGGUCAAGUAUAUGAGGGUCGUGGCUGGAAUUCGAUGGGUGCUCAUGCCUCCAACUGGAAUGGUAUCUCAAUUGGCAUAUCCUUUAUGGGCAAUUACAACAACGAUCGUCCAACUGCUGCGCAAAUCGCCGCUGCCAAGGGUAUUCUCGCUGAUGCCGUAGCUCGUGGUCAAAUAAGCUCUGGGUACAUUCUGUACGGUCAUUGUCAAGUAGGUGCCACCGAGUGCCCCGGUAAUAACUUGUUCGCUGAAAUCCGUUCAUGGCCACACUAUCGCGGUUAAGUUCCCAAUGUGAUAUUAUGAAAUAAUAUUUUGAUAAAAUAAAUGAAUAUAAAUAAUUAAAUUCCCUGAUUGUUAAUGCGUUUCUGGAUGUAUUUGGGGAUAAACGAGCUUCGACCUAACAUUUAUGGAAAGUCUAUAAACUUUAAAAUAUCCUUACUCAUCGGGAUUAUUCCGAUAGCUUUUUAAUUGAAACCUAUUCGAAUACUUUGUACCGUUAAAAAGUUAAUAGAAAUUCUGAAGUUUUCAUGUGCAGACAAUAACUAUAUUCCAUAAAUUUGUUUGUUAAACCAAAAAUAAAAACAAUUUAUUUUAGUUAUUCUCACUAAAAGGUGAAUAAUUAUUACAAUGGACAUUAGUUUUUAUUUAUGUAUAUUACGAUGACAAACAUGUUGGCCAAAAUUGAUGUACAGCGUAUAAGAAAACCCAUCGUGAUCACUCAAAUCCAUUCGAACUACCUAACACUAAGAAAGCUAAAGUUUUAUUGAUAAUGAAGUGGUUUUUUAAUAUUGCUUAUUGCAGAUACAUAAGUUGUUUUUGUUUAAAUGAGGAAUCAUUCUGGUUUUUUACUAAAUGAGAUGAAGGAACGUUACCACAAAAUCUCCUUGCCCUUACAUCCCAUAGUUAUCAAGAAUGCAUUUUAAAUUGACUCAAAAAAUAUUUCCCUAGGAAUUUUAUCGAUUCUUUAAAUUUGAAACACUAUCCACGGUCUCUUUAUUUUAGUAAUGUUUCCAAAUUUGUUUUUUUUUCGUCCAGUUUCGGGGUUUUACUUCACGAGCUCAACUUUUAAUUUUUCUUUUAAUUUGUACAUAAUAAUUGAUUAAAGUAGUUUGAAAUUAUAAUAAAAUAGUUUUGUAACCAUUUUCCUUUUUUUAUUAAUGUUUUUCCUAAAUAAAUUCCGAACUGGUUAACUACAAUCGCUUGUUAGCAUUUGACAUUUUUUUUAUACUAUAGCCACAGGCACAGAGUUGAAAACCGUAAUACCAAAAAAAGAUGACAAUACUUCAACCGAGAGCGUUUUUGAGGGGUUGAGUUGAAAACCAUUAUUCCGAAUUUCAAAAUUUCAACCAAAAUGCAGUUGGGUUGGAAGCCAUAAUAGGAGCCUUAUAAAUUUCAACAGAGAUUUUCAAUAACUUUUAAUAACAAGUAAUAAUAAUUAAGUCAUAAACUUCUUAACGAUAACACUUAAGAGCUAACGGUAGUAGAAGAGGGUUAUAUUUUUUCAUUAAUAAAACCUGUAGGAAACUACUUUCGCUUGUCUAAAAAUAAUGUACUAAUUGGCUUGCUUAUAUUUAUAUUGCCAGGUUCUUAAUUAAGAAUUCCUUUAGAAGUAAAUACUUUUAUGUCUUUUUUUCAAUUCUACGCUUUUUAGUGCAAUUACAGUUAAUAAUUGUUUUACAGAAUUUAAGUUCCAAAGCUUUGGAUUCUGCACUCAUUUUUAUAUCAUGAUACCAACCUAUCAAUAUAAGAGUGCCUUCUAAGCGAGUUGAAGUCGAUGAAGUGUUUCCAAGGUUCAGUUGCAUUAUAUAUGUUCCCUUUUACUGAACAGGUACUCCCAAUGAUCCGUCCGUUCGGCUUGGAAAAACUAGACUUAAACUUAAGAUGGAAGCUUUGGGGACCCGCAUUAAAAAUGUUUAACAAAUACAUAAUUAUAUAUAAGAGAUCAAAAAUUGUUUUUAAGCAAUUUAUUUUAAU